CCGAAUUCCGUUUCGAACGAUGUAAAAUAAUAAUUUACGUUGGUAUAGUUUGCUUCUUGUGCUGGAGAAGUAAAUCCACACCUGAAGCAUAUAAAUACUAGUUCGUCAAAUCACGGAGAAGAGAUAGUCUCUAUCGACGCAGACACUAUGCAUGACGACACUAUACACGCAGACACUUUGCACGCAGACACUGUGUACGCAGAAACUGUACACGCAGAAACUGUACACGCAGCCGCCACACAUUGCGAUGAGGUGGAAAGCGGCGAAGCGAUGACAAGCAAACAUUUUACUGCCAAAGCUACACCCCCAAGUAGUUCAGACGGUUGUAUGAGUGGUAGAAUUGGUUCCAGCUUGGAAUUGACUACGUCUCGAGACGUUGGGAGAAAUAGAAACAAAGGUGGUAACCCAUACGCACCAUCAUGCGAGUAUGCAGCGCAAGUCGAGCCAGGAUGUAUUAAGAAUAAUAACACGAGUAUAGUAGGCAACCCCUAUGCACCUGCGUGCGAAUAUACACCUCAGAUCAAUACCGAAUCUACCAGAAAUAGUGUCAUGAAUAGCAACAGAAAUAGUGCUGUAUCGACAGUAAAAUCUCCGCGGAGAGGAGAUCAUAAUCACAUAUUACACGAGGGCCACAACAGGACAAAUCAAACAGAUAUUAGGAGAGAUAGGGCCGAGAAAGCGGAUACACUGUCCCAAUUCUCAAAGCAAAGUUUCUGGUUGGUGCUUCUAUACUCAUUUUUAAUCACCUUCGCAUUCACCAUUACCAAUCUAGUUCUUCUCUCUGGCUCUGAGGAGUGCAACCCCCAUUACGCGCUCAGCAUUACUAUUGUAAGCGUCAGUGGCGUUCUGCAUCUGUGCACAGUCAGUAUAUACAUUUGGCAAGUGCACAAACAUAGAGAGAAUAUCUUUAUCAGGUCCCGUGGAAAGCAAUUUCUUCUUCAGAUCUGUAUCCUUUCCCCGUGUGUGAUUGUGUUCUCCACGUUACUAUCACUGACCUACUUGGGUGCACUUUCAGGUGUGUGCAUCUAUUCUAAUGCAGCGCCCUGGGAUGGUGCGUCCGAUGCCGUGCUGUUUGCGCUAUACACAGUUGUACGGCUCGUGACCACCAUGUUCUUAUCCGCGAUCAUCGCACGCCAGCGGCUGCUGUACCUCCUUUUUAUACACAAAGCUACACGCGCAUAUUCUAAAAAGGCCCUCUCAAGGCAAUACUUGUACACUAACCUGUGUAUAUUGGGAGCGUUCUUGGUUGCCGAGGUUCCGUAUUUUGUGAUAGUGAUCAAAGAUGGAAAGGGUGAGAAUGGUGCACCUAUUGGUGCUGCUUUGAUUAGUCAAGUUGGGUUCGUCGCGAUACUACUGUGUGUGUUCAGUUUCUACGCGUACAAAACCAGGAAGAUCGAGCUGACCUUCUCCGACUGGGGUGCCAACGUACGAGUGCUGUGUAUGUUCACCGUCACGAAUAUUAUACUGGCUGUACUUCUAUCUGUUAAGGGUGCCAAUCUCGCGCUAGGGCUGUUCUCCGGUGCCGUAGAGAUGUUUGUCGCGACGGCGUACAUUAUGGACUCAUUCUCGGCUCUUCUUGUGUCCAUUUACUAUGGUAUUGAACGCACGGUCGUCCCGGCAGCGGUACAGUUGCCCUCGCUCUCCACAAACCUUCGGAGUGCCUCUCGCGCUAUGAGAGCUAACCGACGCAGUGAUGAUACAGAGGUUGGUAGAGGGAAGACGCUAGCAACAAUUGCCAGCGCUGUAAGCCACGAAUUCAGCGAUGAGCAAAUGGGAGGUAGUACGGGUGUUCCACAGGCGCCAGUCGAUGCACAAAUUCACGCGGACAUGCACAUGCACCUGAGUAAUACUGCGACCAUGCCGGUGGUUUUUGAGAGAAGUACAGAUGAAACGAGCUGAGCAGAGGUUGUACUUUGCACAUGGAAAUACAAGAUUAUCCUCAAAUGAUAGAAUACCGAAGAUUGGCACACGAGGAAAGAUGCCGAACCAAAAGCUGGGGUUAUCAUCUUCAUAACAAAUAGAAGACCAGAAUGCAAAGCCUUGAGGAUGUGGACGCUCCACACGCCUGAAGAGCAUCAAAUCUUUUCAAUAUCGACAAAAUAACAAUCGAACAUCCAGAGCGGUGAAAUGCAACCUCAUCGAUACUUGUAAGAUUUAGAACCGUUAGCUUAGUAUGUCGAGCGAGCACAAACUGCUUGCCAUUGCAUAUGCCUGGUAUAUAAAUUAGGUUCUUCGGUAGAUCUGGGCCUCCUCGUCUUAUUAUGCGCAGCCAUUUAUAAGGCAACGCUACGAGCUGAAGGUAAACCACAAAUCGUGUGAAGUCACGAACAAACAUUAAAUCUCCGUGGAGAGAUUUCUCCGACGUAGCAGAGUAACUUGUAUUUGUACAAUUUGGA